UAUCAUUUCAUUAAAAUAAAAAAAAAUUAAGAUUAAAAAUUUACUAUAUUAAGAGCAGCGCUCUAAUAAUUCUUUUUAAACAAACAAAAAAUAAUCAUGAAGUUAGCAUUAAUUACCUCAAUUUUAUUGUCACUUGCCAUUAUAUCUCAGGCAGUUCCUUUGGAUAUUUCCAAAAGAGAUGGACAUAAACAAAUUCAAUCAAAUGAUGAUGAAAUGCUUAGCAAAGUCAAACAGUCAAUGGAUAGUCAAGGUCUAAAAAUUGCGGCGGUGAAGGUAAAAAAGGUGGAGGAGGUGGAUGUGUUAGCGGUGCAGGUGGGUGGUAAGAAAAAGGGUCAUAAAGGUGGAAAAGAUAAUGAAGACUAUGAAAAUUAUGAAGGGUAUGAAAAUUAUUAUGAUGGAAAGGAUGGAGAGUAUGAUGAUGGAAAGAAUGGAGGAUAUGAUGAUGGAAAGAAUGGAGGAUAUGAUGAUGGAAAGAAUGGAGGAUACGAUGAUGGAAAGGAUGAUGGAAAAAAUGGAGGAUAUGAUGAUGGAAAAAAUGGAGGAUAUGAUGAUGGAAAGAAUGGAGGAUAUGAUGAUGGAAAGAAUGGAGGAUAUGAUGAUGGAAAGGAUGGAGGGUAUGGUGAUGGAAAGGAUGGAGGGUAUGAUGAUGGAAAGAAAAAGGACGAUGGAAAGUAUUAAUAAAGAA